UGGGUAGGCAACACAUCGCACACUUUGGUAUUGUGUGGUGCAUAUUACGAUUUUUAAAUCAAUAAUAAGUGUUCUCCUGUGUUUAAAUUGGAUAAAUUCACAAUGCAAACAAGCGAGGAUGGGGAAUAUAUCCCAUCUAAAGAGCUCGAUAAAAACUUUAAAAUUCCCAAAAGAAAGCUAAGUUUGGACGAAAGUGGCCCAGCGUCGCAACAAGUGAUGGAAAAUUCGUAUUAUAACUAUAUGGUGGAUCCUCAACCCCCUGUAGUAGCCCCCAUAGAAGUGGAGGCAGCUCGUAACCUAAUUUUGCAAUCCCUGCAAAAACGGGAGUGUGAGAAGCCAAAAACGUACCAAAAUCAUGUUUUGAAAGACACAAUUCCGGACUGCUUUGACGAGACGCUCCCCCGGGAAUUAACAUCACUUUUUCAACCCUUGUACUGUAAAUUAUGCUCGGCCCAACUUAGUAGCAACCUUGUGGCUAAGCUGCAUUACAAAUCCAAGAACCAUGAGAAAAAAAUACGCAAGUUUUUGAUCGAAUACUCAGAACGAACGGGAGAACCAUUACAUAAAAGGGCCAAGGUGGCCCGAGAGGGCGACUCCGACGACUCCAACCCUUUGUACUACUACUGCGAUGUGUGUGAUUUACCCCUCACUGGGAAACUCCACGCCGAGUCGCAUUAUUUGGGCAAAAACCACCGCAAGGCGACUUUGGGCAUGAAAACACCGGCCGGGAAGGGGCAUUACGACCCCACCGGAAAGUGGAAACGCGAGAGCAGUUGUAGUAACAGCACCAGUGACGGAUUUGGGUCUGAUUUUCACCCAGAGCAGCCCCCUGUUGCGGGGUUUCGCUGCGAAUUGUGCAAUAUAACCACGACGUGUCAAGAACAGUUGGAAAGUCACUACAAUGGGCAAAAACACCGGAAAAAAUUGAAGCAGCAAGCUGGGGACUUGGCGCCAGUGGGGAGCCCCCAUGAUAGCAUUUUGACGAGUGUUUUGACGGCUGACGCCGGCGAUUGCUCGGUUUACAGGACCCCCUCAGGGCAGUAUUACUGCCAAACGUGCGACUGCUCGACCAAUUCCGAGGUGCAGUUCAAACAGCAUUUGCACAGCAAAAAUCAUUUGAAGAAAGCGAGUCAGAAAAAAGCAUAGAAUUUUGGUUUUUCAAACGUGUUACAAAUAAGUUUGUGUUUAAAUUAUGUUAUUACAA